CUUUAUAUUCGAUCGCCCUGUAAUUUCCCAAAUUACUGGAACCCUUCGCUCUCUCUCCCUCUCUCUCUCUAAGCUUCCCUUCCACCUCUCUAUCGCCGGAUAAAUAUUCACUCGGUUUUUGAUCGAAUCUCUGAACUCGAGUGAUCCCUCACUUCAUUGAAAAUUCAACUGUGUUUCCACCCUCGACAACAGUGAUCAAUCAUUGCAUCAGUGUCUUCUUCCUGUUCUCGAAAUAAAAGAAUCAAAUCAUUACGCGCCGUCUUCAUUCUUGGUGGGGUUUUGCUCCUGAAUUGCACCUCAACUUGACCUAUCAGCACUCCAUUGAUCGUUCGUUUUUUUCUUUUUCUUUUUCUUGCUCUUGGGCUCUCUCUCUCUCUUUCUCUCUCUAUUCGGGUCUUGAACUCCGUAGGGUUUCGUUUUGUUGAGUGAGAAUCAAAUCUCUACUUUCUAUUUGAUCAGUUGCUUGUUGGUUUGGCCCUGAAUUCCAAAUCAACUAAUGCCUGGUGAUGCGCCACUGGUCGACUACUGAAAUCAGCUUCCUCUUUUUGGAGGGGGAAGAAGAAAGCGCUUGGUCUGCUUGAUCGAAAUUGUUUAUCGGGCUCUGUUUCCGGGUCUUGAGACUCACAGGGUUCUGUUGAGGAGGGAAAUGAGGGAUGUUCUCGUGGCUGAAAAGUAUGGCAUCAGCGUGUUGGCGACCGGUCCGGCGAUAUGCCCGUAUGAACAAGGAUGAAGAUCUUGAUUCUGCCGAUGGAGAUGCUCUUAUCUGGUGCAGAGACCUUGAGAAGCACUCCUAUGGCGAGUUCUCCUACGCCGUGGUUCAGGCCAAUGAGAUUAUCGAGGAUCACAGCCAGGUGGAGACUGGCCGCGACGGCACCUUCGUCGGAGUCUAUGACGGCCAUGGCGGCGCUGAAGCUUCCCGCUUCAUCUCUGAUAACCUAUUUCUUCAUCUCAUCAGGCUUGUUCAGCAAAACAAAACAAUAUCUGAAGACACUCUGAGGAGUGCUUUUUCUGCUACUGAAGAUGGAUUUCUCUCUCUCGUGCGCCGAUCAUGUGGAAUAAAACCACUAAUAGCUGCCAUUGGGUCUUGUUGCCUGGUUGGAGUAAUCUGGAAGGGGACAUUGUAUGUUGCUAAUCUGGGUGAUUCCAGAGCUGUUAUAGGCUAUCUGGGUAGAUCAAAUAAAAUUAUUGCUGAGCAAUUGACCAGAGAUCAUAAUGCCAGCAUGGAGGAAGUUAGGCGAGAGCUUAGGACUUUGCAUCCAGAGGAUUCACAUAUCGUUGUUUUGAAGCAUGGAGUGUGGCGUAUCAAAGGGAUCAUUCAGGUUUCUAGAUCUAUAGGAGAUGCAUAUUUGAAGAGACCAGAAUUCUCUCUUGAUCCAUCAUUCCCGCGGUUUCACCUCCCUGAACCUAUACGUCGUCCAGUUCUGACGGCUGAACCGUCAAUUUAUUCGAGAGUAAUACAGCCAAAUGACAAAUUUAUUAUAUUUGCAUCUGAUGGACUUUGGGAACACUUGACUAAUCAACAGGCAGCUGAAAUCGUUUACAAUAGCCCUAGAACAGGCGUUGCUAAAAGACUGCUUAAAUCAGCUCUGAAUGAGGCAGCUAGGAAAAGAGAGAUGAGGUAUGAUGAUCUUAAGAAGAUUGAAAAGGGGGUCAGACGGUUCUUCCAUGAUGAUAUCACAGUCAUUGUCAUCUUUAUAGACCAUGACAUGCUGGGAAAAAAGAUUCCUGUGCCAGAAGUAUCAAUAAGAGGGUUCACUGACACUGCUGGGCCAUCAAAUUUCAACAUUCUGCAAGGGAUGGAUGCGCAUGUGAAAUCUGUUACUUGAAGGGGGAAUUAAUCACUUGAAUUGAUGAGAAAAGUAUGUGUGCAAAGCUUAAUCUGCAGUCUUGCAAGGCAUUCUCAAAGCACCAGUCCCGGUGUGGCAUGGUUUCUCAGGUCGUCUUUUGUAAGAUGGGAUGUGAUGCGGUAAUGGAGGAAGUAUGACUAGACUUCAGAAAGGACCAAAGCCACCGUGGUAAAGGUCAAAAUAUGUGUUUUCCGGGUGAGAGUUGUGUUAUCUUUGGGACAUGCAACAACGGUUAGUAAUAUUUUCCUUGGCUCAAAUCUGCUUUAGGGUAAGAAAUUGAAUAAAUCCUUGUUGAGAACAAUGCAAGUGACAGUGUAUGACAUAAAUGUCAGAUUCAAUUUUUCGUACAAUAUGACUAAAUCUCUCCCUUUUUGACUAUUGGGAGACAAUAGUAUUGUCACAUAACAUGUGGAGCAGCCCAAGUGAUGCUCUUGCUUGGACUUCUCCUAUGAUGCUUGUAUCUAUUUCAUCUGCAUGACUCUUGUCAGCCACAGGGAAGAGAACUGACAGCCGGUGGCGAGAGCAUUUAGGUGAAACUAAUUGGAUUGUCAUGCAUUUUUAGUGCAAUCAUUUUUUCUCUA